AUGUUCUAAUGCAAUGUUCUUUUAUUUCCUUUAUAGACGCCACAUCGAUGAUAGAGCAGUAUUUGUCUCACCGUCUGGUCGUCUGCAAGAAUUCAGGUAAUGAAAAGUUUGCUACAUCGUUUAGCGUGCUCGUCAGUUGCACACAGACACUUUCACCAUCAAUCCAGACCCUCACGGCUCUCGAGUACCACGAGCUUCGCACAGACUUCAAUCGCAUCAAGGAACAGCUUUGCGAGAUGCGCGUCAAACGGAGAAAAGAUACAAAGUACUGUUACUUACCCUCUCAUCAAAUGUUGUAUACAUUCUGGCACUACUUGUCUGGAUGCAGCCAAGUUAUUAACCCUGGUUUACUCAUCAUGGAAUCAUGAUAAUGAGUUAUCUGGAAGCACGGUUCAGCGCCACAAGCCCUGGCAGAUGUUUAAUCGCUACCGCCCGGUCGAUCCCCCUACUCCGCAGAAUAAAGAGGCAGUGGCGGUCAAAGACACGGAGAUGACAGCAGCGCUGCCCAGCUCGUCUCAGAAAGAGAUCCUUAAAUACCGGCCACAAUAUUCCAUCAUCGUGCACACUCCAAAAAGAGAGCACAGGCCACCAGAGAGUAUGAAGCAGUACGCAUGGAAGCCUUGGGAGAAGCCGCCGGAGAGUCCAUCUGGCCACAAUAUCGAUGUCCCCCAACAAAAGAAUACAAACAACAAGAACAGCAGCAGCAAUAAAUAUAACGAAAAAAAGGACAACUGCAACGGAAGCAAGGAUAAGAACAAGGGGGAACCAGCUAAACCAGUAGAGGACAUGGACAAGAAAGGACUUAUGAGAGC